ACUCCUCCCAUUCCUACCCACAAAAGCCUUUCGUCGGAAGCCAGGGAGAGCCGCAGAUCCCGUUCCAAGUGGCUUCUCGACAAUGAUGCCUACCUCUGCUUCUUUCCGCUUUCGGAAGUUUUAGGGUUCUCCCAUCGGCCACUUGCUCCGCUCUGAUUCCUUCCUUUCCCUCGGUUCUCACGACCAACCACUUGCCCAUCUCCUGCUACCCGGUCCUCUCCGUGGAUUUCCGCCCUCGAUCGACUCGUAGCCGGCGCGCCGCACCUGCUUUCUCUUUGGGAUUUCAGUGGAGCUCUGAGUUUUUGAUACAGAUGUGGAUCUUUUGGCGGUAGUUAUCAGAUUGAUCGGUUCACAAAAUUUGCCUCGUCCCUGAUGUUGAGGAACGCUUUCGCUAGUCAUGGAAGGGCCAGCUGAAGUAAAUGAGACAUUUGAGAGCUCGGUCGAUGCUCCUCAUAUUAAAAAAACAGAGAAUGAUCAACCACCGGAGCAGCCAAGCCCCGACAAUGCCGCAGAAACACACGCCCCACUUGUCUCACAGGAUGCAGAAUGGGCCGAGCACUUCACCUGGCUGCAGACACCAGAGAUGUUUCUUGAACGUAUGGCUGGAGGGAGCUUAAAUUGCGAUCCACAUGCACAUUCUGGGCCUGAACCACAUAGCUCAGACGCUCACUCUUUGAGCAACCAAGGAGAAAUGGUGGAAGAGCUGACUCUGAAUAACUAUAAGAAUCCUAAUUUGUCUCUGGGCAGUAGCACAAGUAGUGGGGAGAAAACAUCAGUCCGGAUGGGCCUAUGGCAGAAUUUCACAAGACAUGCAGGAAAAUCGAGGGACACAGCAACCAGGAAGUCCUUGUCAAUGGGUCAUAAUGAUGAUGUGGAUAACAGGUUUCUGCCUCCGUCGGGCACACAGAGGCCUAGUCUAGCCACACAGUCAGAGCCAAAAGAUUCUAGGUUCCCUGAGCAUGUGUCUAAGAUUGACAAGCAUAUCAUCCCAAGUACUACUACAACAAAAUCUCCUGCUGCAAUCCGGACUAAGGUUCUCUCCGCAUCUGGAUUUCAACAAUAUUUGGUCAAGACUACAUUGAAGGGUAAGGGAGUUGUAUAUAACCAUCAAGAAAAUCGUGAUGAGCCUGGUGUUGUGAUCUCUCGUCAAAAUAUUGAAAAGCCUAAUGCCAAUCUGAACGUGACUUUUAAAUCUUCACAUAGUCCUAGUUGUAAAGUGGAUUCUAUAUCUUUCAAACAUUUAGGAACUUCAAAUCCCUAUAGCGAAGGAAUUACCUUGAGGGAAUGGCUUAAACCUAAGCGCCACAAGAUAAAUAAGGCUGAGCGCAUGCAUAUAUUUGAGCAGAUCCUGGAUUUUGUUGACAUCUGUCACUCCCAACUUCUUGUUUUGCAGUAUUUACGACCAUCAUACUUUAUCAAAUAUCCCUCCAAUCAGGUUAAGUACAUUGGGUCCUUUGUUCCUCAGAGCCAGAUGGAGUUACCAGAUUUAGUAAUGCAAGAUAUUCACCAUCUGGAUCAUCAGUCAAAAAGAAAGAGGUGUACAGACCAGGACAAGGAGACUCAUGAAGUUUCGGUGCUGAAGCUUCAGAAAUUUCGUGAUCAUAAUAGUGACAGUAAUGAGCAUCACACAUAUCCUUUUACGGGUGGUUCUGUAGGAGAUGAUCAAGGUGAAGAAAAGGAAGCUGAUAGUUUUAGAGCAGGAACUACUGGCAGUGCUUUCAGGGCAGUGAAAUUGGAGAAAUGGCAUAAAGGUCAUAACGUGAAUUGCAGUCCAGGUAUAUCUAGUUCUAUCAGCCAGCAAUCCAUAUCUGAGCUGGUGAAAUUGGAGGAGAAGUGGUAUGCUAGCCCUGAGGAGAUAAAUGAUUAUGUGUGCUCCUCUGCAUCAAAUAUCUACAGUCUUGGGGUUUUUCUUUUUGAGGUGAGAGGAGACUAUGUUAAAAAGUAUUUAGUAAUCAUUUUUAUCUAGUAUGAGACUUUGCUA